GAUCGGAGCUUCGGUGGGGACACCAUGCCUCUUCCUUCGAAGGCAUGGAUGUUGAGAGCAUGCCAUCGGGUGUCUCCUUGCCACCCGACGGCGCGAUGCACUACCAUCACGUGGAGAACUUGGACAGGUUCAUGGAGGAGAUGGCAAGAUCGCCCCUAUCUUUCAAGUGGAAGAUACACAAGAUGCGCCUGCAAGAUCGCUUCCCCUUCUGCAGCCGUUGUCACCAAGCAUGUGCAACCUUUUUUGCACAAGUCUUGUGA